AUGGACUGGCUUUUGAUUGCAGUUGAUGUGUUGGUCCUUGGGUUUGCGAAUCUGGUUGCUGAUGGUAUAUCAAUGGGGUUUGGUGUGGUGAACAUAUUUGCCAAGUAUAAGGACAUAUUGGUGGAUGAGAAGAUGGCGACUCUGAAAGGAAUGCCACCGCUGGAGCAGGAAGAGAAGGCGUGGAAGAACGGCCUCGUCACCUUUGCGGCUUUUCUUGUGUUUGGAAGUGCACCUCUUCUCUCUUUCAUCAUUCUCAAACCAUUCACCCACAAUGACACGCACAAGUUCAUCGGUGCGUGCAUACCAUCUGCAUUGGCCCUUGCACUACUCGGGAUAGCCAAGGCCAAGAUUGGUCGUCAGAACUAUGUGUUAUCCGCUGUGAUCACCCUCACCAAUGGUGCUGCUGCUGCUGCCGCCGCCGCCUAUAUCAUUGGGUGGACACUGAGGAAUGUAGCUAGCUUACAAGACUGA